AUGGCUGGGGGCUACGAGCGGGUCAACGCUCACGACGAAGAGGACCAUGGCCUUUCUCAACCGACCCCGUCCUCGCCACCACCUUCGUUCCACUCCCGCUCGUCAUCACCCAACAGUCGACGGCAUCAACAGGUCGACUCUACCCUUGCCGACGCUUUCGAUGACGACGAUGACAACACCGACGAUGAGUUCGAUGACAGACAGCGUCACCACUUUGCGAACCCAAAUGCCGAUAGCGUGCAGCGCACUGCGAGGGUCAUGGGCGGUGGAGGCGCGACCGAUGGUGUAUUUGCAAACAUGUCUGCCAGGCCCGAGAGGCAGGAUGCGGAGAAGGAAGAGCAACCACCCACCUAUGAGCAAGCUGCUGCCGACGCAGUGCCACCAUAUUGGGAAACGACCAUUUUCGCGCCCGGCAUGGGUGGUGCCGAUGAGGUUUACGUCGAUGGGCUUCCUGUGGGCUCUGUAUUCUCAUUCAUCUGGAAUGGCAUGAUCUCAACCUCCUUCCAACUCGUCGGCUUCCUGCUCACGUACCUGCUCCAUUCGACCCACGCUGCCAAGAAUGGCUCCCGCGCCGGCCUCGGCAUCACGCUGAUUCAGUAUGGAUUCUACAUGAAGGCUGACCCGGUCGGUGAUGCCCCAUCCAACAUGGGUGGCCAGGAUGGCUACGCCGCGCCACCAGAUCCCAACUCGCACGACUUCGACGAGCACGAGGUCACUGACGGCGGCGACACUCUGGAUUUCUCGGGCGGUGAUUGGCUCGCAUAUGUUCUGAUGAUCGUGGGUUGGUUCAUUUUGAUCAAGAGCACUGUGGAAUAUCUCAAAGCGAGGCGGCACGAGCAGCUGGUGCUCCAGACACAUGAUCGCGGUCUGGGUGUGCCGAAUUGCUCCUUGGAGUGUAUCAGGCUUGUGCUUGGCCACUGUGCUGUGCGGUAUGGAAGUGACUCGAACCGGGCACUGGUCGACAACCUCUAUGAGGCUGGCUUGAUUAAAUCGCCCAUUGUCAAGGAUGCUUUCCUCAAGGUUGACCGUGCCGACUACGCACCGCACAACCCGUACAAAGACUGUCCUCAGUCCAUCGGUCACUCGGCCACAAUCUCGGCCCCGCAUAUGCAUGCGUCCGCGAUUGAGUAUUGUCUGGCGUACUUGAGUCCCGAUAAAGAGAGAAGGGUUCUUGAUAUCGGGAGCGGGUCGGGAUACUUGACGCACAUUCUGGCGGAGAUGGUAGGCGACAAGGGCACUGUAGUCGGUCUUGAGCAUAUCCGAGAGCUGAGGGAUCUCGGCGAGCGCAAUGCCCAGAAGAGUGCCAGGGGCCGACAGCUUCUCGAGGCAGGGAGGAUCAAGUUUCGGCAUGGCGAUGGCCGAAAGGGGUGGGUGGAGGAUGGGAAGAGCGAUUGGGAUGUUAUACACGUCGGUGCCUCGGCGAGGAUCCUGCAUGAGGAGUUACUGGAGCAGUUGAAAGCACCGGGAUGCAUGUUUAUCCCCGUGGAUGAUGAGCAUGGCAUCGACCAGAGUGUUUGGCGCAUUGAGAAGGAUGCCAAGGGCGAAAUCACGAGACAGCGGCUGUUCGGUGUACGAUAUGUCCCAUUGACGGACCCUCCACGUGGAAGCUAA